AUGGAUACAAGUUGGAUAGAUCUACCCACUGGCCACCCUGAAUAUGUCGAUGGUUGUAUGCAAUUCAUUGCGUUUGCCAAGCAAGGUCUAUUCGAAGGAAAAAUUAGAUGUCCAUGUAAGAACUGUAAGGUGGAUAAAUCGUUCCCGGUUAAUGAUGUAGAGCGACAUAUUUUGUUUAAGGGGUUUUAUAAGUCGUAUAGAAAUUGGAUCUUUCAUGGUAAAGGGGAUAUGGUUCAACGUAUGUUAGGGAGUGAUGGAGGGAGUACUAGUGAAGGAUCCAUUGGUAAUAAAAGUGGGUUUGUAGGUCGAGAUAAUAUGGGAGGACUAUUAAGAUCAGCUUUUAGUGUUAAUGUGCCACCCAAUUUUCCAACUUUUGAAGCAAGAGAGGAUGGUGAAUGGUAUGAGGAGCCCGUGUCAUACGACACAGAUGUUCAAUAUGAUGAUUCUACAAUAGAAGAAGAUGCGACAUAUAAGAAGCUACUUCAAGCUUCUGAGGAGAAAUUAUAUGAGGGGUGUAUUAAUUUUUCAAAGUUAUCUUUUCUUCUACACUUAUUUCACUUGAAGUGUAUGCAUCACUGGUCCAUUGAAUCUUUCAAUAUGCUCUUGAAGCUGAUUUUAGAUGCAUUUCCUCAAAUACUUAAUUUUCCCUCGUCUUAUUAUUACAGUAAGAAAAUGAUAAAAGACUUGGGCCUUGGGUAUGAAAAAAUUGAUGCUUGUCCUAAUGAUUGUAUGCUGUAUUGGGGUGAAUUUUUAGAGAAAGACAAGUGUCAUGUUUGUGGUAAAUCGAGGUGGAAAACAACCAAGGGUAAGAAGGGUGACGAUGUAAGUGAUCAAGGUACGAAUACUUGUAAGAAAGGUGUGCCAGCUAAGGUAAUGCGAUAUUUUCCUCUUAUCCCAAGACUAAAAAGAAUCUACAUGUCUUCAGAAACAGCAGAAAAUAUGAGAUGGCAUGAUACAGAGCGAUUGGGUGAAGAUGAUAAGAAGAUUUUGAGGCAUCCUUCCGAUUCCAUAGCGUGGAAGGCAUUUGAUGAGCGUUAUACAGAUUUUGCAUUAGACCCUCGUAGUGUUCGAUUAGGUCUUGCGAGCGAUGGGUUUAAUCCUUACCGUUUAAUGAACACUACUUAUAGUACAUGGCCAGUGGUGUUGAUUCCUUAUAAUCUUCCACCAUGGCUAUGUAUGAAACCAUCUUCUUUCAUUUUGUCCACACUUAUUCCCGGAAAAGCAAGUCCUGGAAAUGAUAUUGACGUGUAUUUGCAACCAUUAGUUCAUGAGUUGAAAUUGCUGUGGGGAGGGGUUGAAGCUUUUGAUGCUUUUGACGGAGUGAAAUUUAAUUUGCGCGCGGCUCUGCUUUGGACUAUUAAUGACUUUCCUAGCUAUGCAAUGCUCUCUGGUUUGAGCACAAAAGGUUACAAUGCAUGUCCUAUAUGCAUGGAUUCCACACCCUCUGAUAGAUUUGGGAACAAGAUUUGUUAUUGUAGCUAUAGAAAAUGGUUACCCGCAGAUCACCCAUAUCGACGUCAGGGUGUAAAGUUUUGUGAGAAGUUUGGAACUAAUGAGUUGGGUGAAGCCCCAUCUCGUCCUAGCGGCACUGAUAUAUUGAGGCAACAAGAAAAGGUCGAGUAUGUUUAUGGAAAGUCAAAGGCACCACCGAAAAAGAGACAAAGAGGACAUACUGAUAACAAUGAUGUCCAAGAUGAAAUUGUCUUUGGUACCAAGAGAAGCAUAUUCUUUGAUUUGGUGUAUUGGGAGCAUAAUCUUCUAAGGCAUAAUUUAGACGUUAUGCACAUUGAGAAAAAUGUGUCUGAGAAUCUUUUGGGAACACUUCUUAGUAUGGAUAAGAGUAGAGAUAAUAGGGAUGAUCGAGAAGCCCUUGAAGCAUGGACAAUAAAGACUCACCUUUGGCUUAGUGCUGAUCACAAUGGAAAUGAAUACAUGCCUUCAGCUUCCUAUUCUAUGUCUAGGGAGGAAAAAGAGAGAUUCUUAAAUGUUUUGGAGAAACUUAAAGUUCCGGAUGGAUAUGGAUCCAACCUUUCUAGUUGUGUGAAUAUGAAGCAAAGGGAGUUGAUUAACCUCAAGAGUCAUGACAACCAUGUGCUAAUGCAAGAUAUACUCCCCGUCGCCUUAAGAGCUUCUAAUGCUACAAAGGUGAUUGACUUGUUGGCUAGAUUGUCUUCGUUUUUCAAGAAGUUGUGCUCCACCAGUAUUGAUCCAGAUGAUUUAGAUGGUCUUCAAGAUGGAAUUGUUUUAACUCUUUGUCAGUUGGAAAUGGAGUUUUUGCCUUCAUUUUUCACAAUCAUGGUCCAUUUGUUGAUUCACUUAGUGGAGGAGGUUAAACUUGGUGGACCAGUGCAAUACAGAUGA